UGGUUCAGUCUUCACUCUUUACGCGUCUCGUUCACUCGCGUGAAAUUACGCAGCGCAAGCGCGGACGCGUUACAUCAUCAGCGCACCUUGACACAGGUAACACAGGACACCCGGAAGAACAUUGACUAUCACACGAGUCACUUGAGUUUCAAUCUGACCCAGAAGAGCAGAGCAGAGCACAAUCAUGUCAGAGCUGAAGAAGAACAAGUUGUUUAUGGUGCUGAUGGAUGUCGUGUGUGUGCUCGUGGUGGCGAUGCCAUACAUCAUACUGACCAUCAUAUACCAGCCGUACCAGCGUGGCGUUUACUGCGAUGACGAGUCCAUCCGCUACCCCUACAGAUCAGACACCAUCUCUCACAAAAUGAUGGCGGCUGUUACCAUUUCCUGCUCCAUCAUUAUCAUCACUUCUGGAGAGGCCUACCUGGUCUACACCAAACGUCUUUACUCCAAUUCGAACUUUAACCAGUACGCUGCGGCGCUCUAUAAAGUGUUGGGGACCUUUCUGUUCGGCGCGUGCGUGAGCCAGUCUCUGACCGAUAUGGCCAAGUACACCAUUGGACGCUUGCGGCCCAACUUCAUGGCGGUGUGUGCUCCAGAAGUGUGCAAGGGCUACGUUCUGGUGAUCAACUGUACAGGAAACCUUCGUAACGUGACUGAAUCCAGGCUGUCGUUCUACUCCGGUCACUCCUCCUUCGGGAUGUACUGCAUGUUGUUUCUGGCGCUGUAUGUCCAGGCACGUAUGGCAUCAAAGUGGGCCCGCCUCCUCCGGCCCACAAUACAGUUCUUCCUGGUGGCCUUUGCCAUUUAUGUGGGAUACACGCGUGUGUCUGACUACAAGCACCACUGGAGCGACGUGGUGGUUGGUCUCCUGCAAGGGGCGCUGGUCGCGGUCCUCACGGUGCGAUACAUCUCUGACUUCUUCAAAGAGCGGCCCCCUCUCUGUCCAGAUGUUGAAAAUGCUGAAAACGAAGACAGCGAACGCAAGCCCAGCCUUCAGAUUGCAGACACGGACAGAAACCAUUACUCCAACAGCAGGCCUGUAUGAGGCUGACCUUUGACCCGUGACAGCACUGGAUGCUGCAGCACGUCUCCUACAGACAACCACACACUGUACACUGGCACUGACUCCGCUCUCGUCCACAAUUUCACACCGAGAGAGAGAGAGAGAGUGCGAAUGAAUGCAUGAACUAACACUGAAUAUUAGAUUUUAUACUUCUUUAUACCCGUCUUUUGUCCUAUGCACGCUCAUAUACGCCAAGUGCACAGAUCGCCUGACAUCUAAUGAAUUGUGAGGGACUUUAUUGAAUCAGAGCACAAAGACGAACUUCUCUGAGGGGAACUGGUCUUUUCCAUGACAACCUCAAAACCACCGGCUGACAUUUACUGACUCGCAGUACUUCUGCUGUUGGAAGCGAAAGAUAGUGAACUUUUCUAAGCCUUUAGAAGACAAGAACUGAUGUUGCCCUGAGUAAGAAAUCCAGGAAGAGAAGUCUGAACAUGGAACAUGUGCCAAAAAAAAGGUCUUUAUCACAUUGGCAAAUAGAUUUUGUAUGGUUUUAUACUAUAUAUACAUAUAUAGAAACUGGAUUUUAGACACUUAUUACUUUUUUUAAAUUAACAUUUUGGUGAACUAGGCUAGUUAUUAUAUCUGCACACGUCUUGAAGAAAUUCUGCAUUACAUCAAAUUUUUUUUGUUUUUAAAUAAUAUUUUUUAUGCUUCAUUUGUUAAAGACUACAAUGAAAACUCGUGAUUUCAAUCAUGUUUUGUUGCAUCGCUCGCUCACAUGACUGUUUAAUGAAAACCACUAGCUAACCGAGGCACGUAUAUAUCGAUGUAUUUGAUGGUAAAUUAGUCUUACUAACCAUCCUAUCCAACAAUAAGGAUUAGGAAAUAUAAACUAUCAGAUGUAAAAUAUUAAACCGCUGUUUAUCUCUGAAUAUUAUCACCGAGUCCAAACCAAGUGAACGAAUGCUGCUGGUAAUGUUGAAGUCACAGCCAAUCAAAAAGCUGUGUGCUGAUUCUAAACCAAUCAUGUUUCACUAAGGGGCGGAGCUACACAACAUGACAAAAAAACUUUGAUUCAGAAAUGGAUUUGCAGAUUGUAGUACUGAAUGUUUCCACAGCAUCAUGAUUGUUUCGUUUUAUGUGAAUAUUUUCAUUGAAAAACGCCUGUCAAGAUCACCAGCGAAUUCAAGAAGCAGAUUUCUUCACCUCACGCCUUUGCAUAUGACGAAAUGACGAUUUAAACAGGUUUUAAACGUAAGGUGCUUUAAACAUUGGUCCAUUAGCUUUCGCUCGCCUGUAUCUCUCCAGAAACUUUCCGUUCACAUUUUUUACAUUAAAAUCCUUUAAUUUACCUCGUUUUAUCUAGUUCUAAUUGAGGAUUGAGCGCCUCUUUCCAGGAAAAUCACAUUUGUUUGUCUGGCAAAAAAAUUACAGAUUUGGUGUUCUGAUUGGUCAGAUCGCCUGCCAAUCAAACGGCAAAUAAUCUGGAUGGACGGGUCAUGUUAAAAUAUUCAUAAUAAUAAAUUGGAAUACAAAUAAAUGUAGUUUGCCAGUGGAAAAAGUAUUUGGGCAUGCUAUAUUAUCUUAAAAUCCUCCAACCCCGUUUGUCGUACAAUUUGCGAUAGAAUUUUGAAUUAAUUUCCUUUAGGUUUAGACACUUAAUGUUGUUCUACAGCUAAAAAAGUGAAUGUGACAUAGGCUAUUCCUCCUCUUCUAAAAUAAAUCAUGUAUCCUGGCCUACAUUUAAACUUCCCCUCUCACAUAUUUUGUUAUUCGUGUGGAGAAACUUUUAUACAAAUUAAAACGUUCCCUCGUGUUAUAUAUGGAGGAAAACAUUUUUUUAUUAUUAUUAUUUUUCUGUUCCCCACUCAACUAUUAUGUUGUUAACGUUAAAACACUCCAUUCCUGUGUUAGUUUGAAGUUGCUGAUUGCCCGUGUAAACCCUGCACAACAGAACCUGCUCUCUACUGUGAGUUGCUAAUGCUGCAAUUUUUUAUGGACACUAUAUUUAGUGAAUAUGAAUGAUGUCUCCCUCUUGUUUUGCUUCUGUGUGGAACAGAGACUCUCUUGUGACUCUAAUGUAGUCACAGAAAACCGGACGGCCUUAAAAUAAAUGAGGACUGAGCUCACAGAGUGACUUACGCACUGAAUGUGAAGAAGUUUGUGGCUCAUGCUUACAAGUGUUGUUUAGUUGAAAGUUCCAGAGCAAAGAUGAGUGUUUUUACAGGAUUGUUGCAAGUUUGU